AGAGAGAGAGAGAUAGGCUAACACCAAUCUCAGUAGGCCAUUGAUGUAGGCUACUAUAUGGGGGUUCAUUUAUUCCAGUUAAAUUAGGAACUUAGAUUUGAAAAAAGCACAAGAAACUCUCUAGAAAAAACAACAACAACAAAAAAAAAGACUUAAAGGCUGACCACCCUAUUUUAAGUCAUUGGUGAAAGUUAUUGUGUAUGACGAUUUUUUAGGGCCUGUUUAUUUAUAGCUUACAACUCCAGUUGGCCUUUGCUAUAGGCUAUAACUGCGGUGCUCGCUUAAAUUCACAUUAGACCUAGUUUAUCAGAUUGAUGGGUGGAUUCGAUUGAUGUGUUUGUCAUGUAAAUACGAAUCGUUUGAUGGACACCUGCAACGCCCAGAGUGCUACCGAAGGUCGCACACUAUUGGUGCAAAAUUAGUCACAUGAUCUGUCACUAAACUGAUAUGAGCUCGGAUAGAACUUUGUGUGGUUUGACAUACUGCUUAGAGGUUGUAGGGGCACUGGGACCACACAUCAGCCUAUAUUGACCCUGCUUAAUCAAUUUUGCUUGGUCAGUCAACAAUGAAUUCCUACUUAGAUUAUACGAUUUAUAACCGUGGUGCUAACACUUAUAGUUCGAAGGUUGGGUGUUUUCCUAUGGAGCAGGAAUACUUGCCAAGUGCUUGUGCAAGUACAAAUAGUUACAUUCCCGAGGGACGGCCAGUCGGAGGGAACACUUUUACACCGGCAACGCACGAAGCGCAUGGCACAGCUUACGCACAACUUCAUUCGCAGCAAUACCACAUCAGUGUGGACAUGGGGAAAACUGGACAAACCAAUUUUUGCAAGCAAACCCGACCUCCUCACUCGGAAUAUGGACAUCAACAUGUUCUCACGCAAGCAGAUGACCACAUGCGUCAGUCAGUCGUGAACAUGGGAGCGAACAUUGGAACAUACAGUGAAUCUAACUGCAGGCCUGGCUCGGUCUCUGCAAGCCAUUAUCAGUCCUAUCCCUAUGGAGAACAUGAACCACCACACGGCUAUGGUUCGUUCAGCAAGUACCAGGUCUCCCCUGACAGUGACAGCGACUCCAAGACGAACAUCAAACAAGCGCCAACGUUUGACUGGAUGAAAGUCAAGAGAAACCCCCCUAAAACAGUUAAAGUCGAUGAAUAUGGGAUCCACGGCCAGCAGAAUAUAAUACGCACCAAUUUCACCACCAAGCAGCUCACCGAACUUGAGAAGGAGUUCCACUUCAACAAGUACCUGACCAGAGCACGCAGAGUAGAAGUGGCCGCCACCCUCGAACUGAACGAAACGCAGGUUAAAAUUUGGUUUCAGAAUCGCAGAAUGAAACAGAAGAAGCGCGAGAAGGAAGGAACGGCCCCGGUAGUUAAACGUGCGACUCUUUGCUCUUCUGGUCAAAGCGCAGACAACUCAAACAGCUCAUCCCCGGCUGCUUCGCCUACCUCAGACUCUUCCACUGCUGUUUGAUGAUUACCUGCAUUUGUGGCAAACGAACUCAUGUUUCAUCAUUGUGCUGUGAAGAACUAUUUAACUUAUUCUGCUGUCUUAGACAAAGCAUUAAAUAUGUGCAUGCGUGUUUUAUAUAUAACGCAAAAUAAAUAAUUUUGCUGCAUUAGAGCUACUGAAUUCAUGGUUCAAAAUGCAUUAACAGGGUAUAUGCUUAAUAGUCCAAAGCAAGAGGUUUAAAUGUUCUUUUUUUUGUCAUCAGGUUGAUAUCCUUUUUUGCACUACUGAUUCAUUCCUCUGUUGAAAGAGUAAAAAUCAAAAUAAAAAUUGUAGUAAAGACUGAUAUGUUUAUGUAUUUAGAAAACAAUCUGGCCUGAUGCUCUGAUAAAUAAAUACAUUUUAUUUUUCUGAAA